CUCUUCCCUCCAAAUUUCAAAAAAAUUCUCACAACUCUCACUGUCACUUCCCGCCAUUAACCACAUCGCAGAGAGAGGAGAGAGAAGCGAGAGUUCAGCCAGUGCGGCGGUAGUCCAAAGAGUCAGAGGAUUCAUGGCCAAGGACGAGGACGAAUUUAGGGGAGAGAUUGAAGAACGAUUGAUCAACGAGGAAUACAAGAUAUGGAAGAAAAAUACACCGUUUCUGUACGAUUUGGUCAUCACUCAUGCUCUGGAAUGGCCUUCGUUGACCGUACAAUGGCUCCCAGACAGGGAAGAGCCUCCAGGGAAGGAUUACUCUGUGCAGAAGAUGAUAUUGGGUACCCACACUUCGGAGAAUGAGCCCAACUAUCUGAUGCUUGCCCAGGUGCAGCUUCCCUUGGAGGAUGCUGAGAAUGAUGCCCGACAGUAUGAAGAUGAGCGUGGGGAAGUUGGGGGUUUUGGUUGUGCUAAUGGAAAGGUACAAAUAAUACAGCAAAUAAAUCAUGAUGGAGAGGUUAAUCGGGCUCGUUACAUGCCACAAAAUCCAUUUAUUAUUGCGACCAAGACAGUCAGUGCAGAGGUUUAUGUUUUUGAUUACAGCAAACACCCAUCUAAGCCUCCUCUAGAUGGUGCAUGCAAUCCUGAUUUGAGGCUGAGGGGCCACAGUACUGAAGGUUAUGGUUUAUCGUGGAGUCUGUUCAAGCAAGGUCAUUUACUGAGUGGUUCUGAUGAUGCUCAGAUAUGCUUGUGGGACGUUAACGCUACUCCUAAGAAUAAGGUUCUUGAAGCUCAGCAAAUUUUUAAGGUUCAUGAAGGUGUUGUUGAAGAUGUUGCAUGGCAUCUGAGGCAUGAAUACCUGUUUGGUUCAGUUGGGGAUGAUCACCACCUGCUUAUAUGGGAUCUACGUACACCAUCAGCCAAUAAACCUAUCCAGUCUGUGGUUGCUCAUCAAGGUGAGGUUAACUGCUUAGCAUUCAAUCCGUUUAAUGAAUGGGUCGUGGUGACGGGUUCAACUGAUAAAACUGUUAAGCUAUUUGACCUCCGGAAGAUCAAUACUGCACUUCACACCUUUGAUUGUCACAAAGAGGAGGUUUUCCAAGUUGGUUGGAAUCCAAAGAAUGAGACCAUAUUGGCCUCUUGCUGUCUUGGUAGGCGACUUAUGGUGUGGGAUCUCAGCAGGAUUGAUGAAGAGCAAACGCCAGAGGAUGCAGAGGAUGGUCCGCCAGAGCUGCUUUUCAUUCAUGGGGGGCACACAAGCAAAAUAUCUGACUUCUCAUGGAAUCCUUGUGAAGAUUGGGUUAUUUCUAGUGUGGCAGAAGAUAACAUACUUCAAAUCUGGCAGAUGGCAGAGAACAUCUACCAUGACGAAGAUGAUCUACCAGCUGAGGAAUCUGCCAAAGCUUCUUAGUCCAAUACUAGACAAGACUUUUAGAACCCAACAAAAGGGGAGUACAAAGAUGGUGAAGAAACAAAGUGACCCUGUUUGAUUUUUGUUUAUUGAUAAUUAGGAGUUUAUCCGUCAGUGUUGUAUACCGCAUUAUGCAUUCCCUUCUCUGAGUUAAGAUUAUUGUUUUAAUUUUGUAGUAUAUAUCUUUAUUUAUCA